CAAAUUCACCUCGAGUCUUGCCUUCUGUUUGCUGUCAGAUUUUGAAAGAGUUAGAUUAGAGUUUAAAUAAUUCAAUCAAAAUUUCACAAUAUUCUGGUUAUUCAAGUAGCUCUGUUUAGUAUUGUGUAAUACACGGAAUUCAAGCUGAGCUUAAACAACAACAAAAAAAACAAUGUUACGUGCAGUAUUUUCGGUCAGUCAACGUGUCAAACUUCCCCAUGCUGUGAUUCUGAUGAAGACCAUGGAUCACACCAUAUUGGCUGGUAGUAAGCUGCGUCUGUCGCAGUCUCUGUUUCCAUCCCGAUCCCGGCAGCUGGUGCGCUGCUUUGCCAGCGGCGAUGACAGGAUCAAGGGAGCUGCGGGCGCCAAUCAAGGUGGCAUCAUAGGCACCGUUGGUUCACAGGCGACAAUGGGACAAGCAGCCGGCACCAGCGAUGCAGCCACGUGUGCUCAGGUGCAGGUGCAGGCGGCAACCUUUGGCACUCGUGACGAUAAAGUUGGCAAGCAGUGUGAUAAUCAGACCAAAGCGGGCAACAUAACAUCGCAGUUGCAUGCCACGCCAUCGCUGACAGAGUGUGGCAAGAUUGGCACUGCCGAAUCGGCUGAGGCAACAAAGCCAAAAAAGGAGACUGGUUCCGGUUCCGGCCAGGCUGGUUCAGUUAGCAACUUGGCCGACGAUGCUGUCAAGCAAUUGCAGGAAGCGGCUGCCAAUCUGCCCAGCAAGGCGCAGGUGGAGAAGUUUGUCUUUCGAGUGGUGGCCUUUGUCUAUGAUAUACUCUAUUUGACGGGCACCUGGACCAUUCGCUUUGUCAACGAGAAGAUCCUGCAAAACGCCACUGUAAAGCACUACUGGAAGCAAUUCCACGAUAAGAUGGAGCAGGCCAAGAAGGACUAAAACACUGCUUUCUAAAUCAGUUACAAUUAACAGAAUUCAACCACAUUUUGAACAUGUCCAUAACACGUUAAACAAAGCUGAUAAAUCUCAAAUUUCAAGAACUA